GCGCUGGCAUCGCUCCACGUACAGUCCACGUUUGCGGUUCGUCAAUAUCGAGUCAGUAGAGUUUGCUCUCGCCGGAAAAAUGGUUACACAGGCUGCGCCUAAGAGUUCGGGAUUCACCAAGGAAGAGGAGCUGCUCCUGCAGGACUUCAGUCGCAAUGUGAGCACAAAGUCUUCGGCGUUGUUCUACGGAAACGCCUUGAUUAUCUCUGCGAUUCCCAUUUGGCUCUUCUGGCGAAUCCACAUGAUUGAUCUCAUGGCCUCGGUCGUCUUCUUCGUCGCCGUGACUGGACUGACCACUUUCCUGAUCGCCAUGGCGUACAGGAACACGAAAUUCGCACUGAAGCACAAAUUCGCCGUGAAGCGCGAGGACGCAGUGACGCGGGAGAUGACAAAACUCCUCGCCGAUGACAAGAAGUUGAGCCGCAAGGACAAGGACGAGAGGAUCCUGUGGAAGAAGAACGAUGUGGCCGACUACGAGGCCACGACUUUCUCCAUUUUCUACAACAACGCGCUAUUCCUGGCCAUCGUCGUCUUCGUGAGCUUCUACGUUCUGCGCACGGCUUCGCCCACGUUCAACUACAUCGUGUCCGUGACCGGCGCCGGAGGCCUCCUGGCGCUGCUCUCCACCGGCAAGUCCUCAUAAGCUGUCCAGGUGACCCUCCCUGCCCAUUAAGACUUCGUCAUCUCAGUUUAUUUGUAUUUAAUUUCGAGAGAUCAAGAAAGAUUCCAUGAAUA